ACUGCGAGGGAGGGGAUUCCACUUGGGAGAUUCCUGCCGACCCUCUCUUCUGUGAGCUAGCCCCUGUGCCAUGUGGGGAGGGCAACAUCCGCACCAUCCAUGGCAAAUGCGACUACAUCAGAGACCCCACGUCCAGCCAGCCCCUCAGCAAGGAGAAAACCAUCCAGGUGAUCUAUUACUUUGACAGCGGUUGCAACCCCACAGCACACGGCUCUCUCCCGCUACCCUCGCCUGGAUACAUCCCCUGCGACAUGACGUGCCCUGCUGGCUCCUACCUGGACGGGGACAAGUGUCGCAAGUGCAAGCCCGGCACGUACAGCAUGGGGGGAGGGAUCCGUUUCGACGCUUUCUAUGAGCUUGAUGACCGGUGGUAUGCAGCAGGCGGCCAGCUCAAAGCCGGCCCGUACAGCAACCCGGUUCUUGAGGCGCCUAUAAGACAGCAGUCAUCCCACAUGGCGAUUAUCCACCAGACUCCCUUUCCUUGGUGCGUCUCACCGCCCCCCCAACCCAACAGGUGGUAUGCAGCAGGCGGCCAGCUCAAAGCCGGCCCGUACGACCCACCCAAUGAAUGGUAUCCGCCCGGCGACAGCACGACCUGCUUCCUGGAAACCCACGAUUGCCUGCCACAACACCACAACUUGCCACUGCAACCUGCCACUGCAACCUGCCUCUGCAACCUGCCACUGCAACCUGCCACUGCAACCUGCCACUGCAACCUGCCACUGCAACCUGCCACUGCAACCUGCCACUGCAACCUGCCACUGCAACCUGCCACUGCAACCUGCCACUGCAACCUGCCACUGCAACCUGCCACUGCAACCUGCCACUGCAACCUGCCUCUGCAACUUGCCACUGCAACCUGCCUCUGCAACUUGCCACUGCAACCUGCCUCUGCAACCUGCCACUGCAACCUGCCACUGCAACCUGCCACUGCAACCUGCCACUGCAACCUGCCACUGCAACCUGCCACUGCAACCUGCCUCUGCAACUUGCCACUGCAACCUGCCACUGCAACCUGCCACUGCAACCUGCCACUGCAACUUGCCACUGCAACCUGCCUCUGCAACUUGCCACUGCAACCUGCCUCUGCAACUUGCCACUGCAACCUGCCUCUGCAACUUGCCACUGCAACCUGCCUCUGCAACUUGCCACUGCAACCUGCCUCUGCAACUUGCCACUGCAACCUGCCUCUGCAACUUGCCACUGCAACCUGCCUCUGCAACUUGCCACUGCAACCUGCCUCUGCAACUUGCCACUGCAACCUGCCACUGCAACCUGCCACUGCAACCUGCCACUGCAACCUGCCACUGCAACUUGCCACUGCAACCUGCCUCUGCAACUUGCCACUGCAACCUGCCACUGCAACCUGCCACUGCAACCUGCCACUGCAACCUGCCUCUGCAACUUGCCACUGCAACCUGCCACUGCAACCUGCCACUGCAACCUGCCACUGCAACUUGCCACUGCAACCUGCCUCUGCAACUUGCCUCUGCAACUUGCCACUGCAACCUGCCACUGCAACCUGCCACUGCAACUUGCCACUGCAACCUGCCUCUGCAACUUGCCACUGCAACCUGCCUCUGCAACUUGCCACUGCAACCUGCCUCUGCAACUUGCCACUGCAACCUGCCACUGCAACUUGCCACUGCAACCUGCCUCUGCAACUUGCCACUGCAACCUGCCAUUGCAACCUCUCUUAUACCCCUCUGGCUCUUCCUUCUGACGACUGUUCCCUGGGGUCCUACAAUUGCCACAACAACCUGCGUGCGUCGCUGCGCAUGCAAGUGGAGCUCAUUACAUCGGGGUUGACACUUCACCUCACCUCACCCGUGUGUGCCCCCAUAUUAACCAAUCGGGCUAUGUCCGUCCGCUAUCGCUUCACAGUGAGCGCGGAGCACAAGUUUGACGGGCUUCCCUCUCCUCCCCUCUCCUCAGAUGUUCCGCUACCCCCUGCCUUAUCCUCCCUCUCCCAUCCCCCAAACCCCAUCCCCACCCACAGCUACAUCCGGUACCGCUUCACAGUGAGUGCGGAGCACAAGUUUGACGGGCUGCUCUUCUUCCUUGACUCCUCUCUCAUCUUCGGCUCCCCUCUGCCCCAUCUACCAUACACCAACCCCCCUCGAUCCUCUACUUGCAGCUACAUCCGAUACAAGUUCACAGUGAGCGCAGAGCACAAGUUUGACGGGCUGCUCUUCUUCCUUGACUCCUCACCAGAGCCCCUGAUGGGCCUCGAGUCCAACCAGUUCGAGCCCAUAGAGGUGCAGAUAAUGCUGGAGCCGGGCAUUCACACGCUGGAGUGGUUCGACCCCAUGGAGGUGCAGAUAAUGCUGGAGCCGGGCAUCCACACGUUGGAGUGGGUUUACUACAAGGAUUCCAAGUUCACCAAGGGGAGGGACUCUGCUGCCCUGCACCUGGUAGAGGUGGGAGGGAUUGACUACACGGACCGCCAGUGCUUCCCGUGCCAGGCAGGCUUCUACAGUGAGGAGGGCUCUACUGAGUGUGCGCCAUGCCCUGUGGACCACUACUCGCGGGAGGGCUGGCCAGAGUGCAAGCCAUGCAGUGCUGAAGAGUACGCUCAGUCGCCUCCUCGAGCCAACUGCACUGCCAGGCCUCCUUGCAACGUGACAACCCAUGCCGCCCCUACCUACGGCAACUGUAGCUCAGUGGACAACCAGAGAAUCAAGACCUGGGCAUGGCUCACUCCCCACAUCUGUGCGCCCCACUCAGAGGACGAAGACCUUCCUGCUGACACGCACGAGCCGUGCCCGCCAUGCCCCUCGGGUCAAUACGCAGUGGAGGACAGCACCACGCGCACCAGACUCUGCCACUUCUGCCCUCCGGGCCUGGCUCGCAAUGCGUCUUCUUCCUCGCCAAACAAACCGUGCCGCAAGUGCCCCCCAGGGGAGGUGGCGGUGAAGGCCCUCACCAUGGACCAUUUUGAGCUGCACCGGGGGAAGCUUCCUGACGGCUUCGUGACGGGGUGCAGUGGGGACUGCGGUUCUCUGGGGUGGAGAGUGGUGAACGGGAAGCUGGACUUUGGCAGCAACCACGGCAAGAGUGCCUCUGUAAGAUUUCCCCCUUCCUCACCAGGUGUGGCUAUCUAUGACGUCAGCAUGGCAGUGGACAGGCAGGCACGUCACAUUCCCCUAGGACGUGGAAAUACCACGGCACGGGCAUACCUGCAGAGACAGCUGCUCUCCACCCUUUCUCUGCCUAGCAUCACCGUCUCCCCCUCCUCUCUCAUCUCAUCCCCACCAGGUGUGGCUCUCGUAUGGCUGUCCUACGAUGUGAGCAUGGCAGUGGACGGGUACAUCACAUUCGCCUAUGAUGUGGACAUACCGCGGGGGGACCUGCAAAGGGGUCUUUUCUUCUACGUGAAUGACCAGCUGGUGCUGAACAUCGAGGUGAGGGGGGGUGAGGUGGAUUGCUAUCCUGUUGACUCGAAUCGAAUGCAAUCUGGGUGA